GGUGCCGCUGUGGCGCAGGAAAAAACACCGUUAACUGAGCACUGGACGGAUUUAUUUGAGGGUUGUGUGUAUGUUUUUUUUAAUUGCGUGUCUGGUUUAUAUGCCUGCGUGUGCGCUCACGCAGUUUGACCUGCAAUGCCAACGCGAACGAAACAUCUUUUCUCCGAGCACGGGGUCAUUAGAUAGCUGAAAUUAUACAAAAAAUAUAUAGCUGCCAUCGCAGGAGAGGACAGUAUUUUUCUAUAUUUUUUCCAGGAGAGACGACUCUGCUCGAGGAGAGGAGGCCUGAUCAGGACAGUGGCUCUGAUUUCAUUGAUCCGAUUAAGGAUAAUUACCAUUAGACCAUUAGACUGGUCUCUAUUAAAUACUGGUAGCGUGUACCCUGUAAAAGGUAGCCAUUUGUUUCCUGCCGUAGAGCAUGCAAAUUGAUUAUAAAUGCACUGGCAUGUAAAUGUAUUGUUGACGUUUAUUCAGUAGCUGGCAUGUUGCACUCUUGAACACAUUCAUUUUAACCUCGUAAGCGUCUAUACUCUCUGUAAUUUUCCAACAUUUAGAGCGGAGCAUGCCCCAGGGAGGUCUACUGAUUGCUCUCUGCAUCUCAUAUUAAAAGGACCUCAGGAAAAAAAAAUCAUAACCUCAGGGUGCGGAUCUGGGGAGCACUGUGAGUUAACAGAUAUCUGGAUCGUUUCAUAAGCUAUUUGAUUAUUGAUAGCAGAAAAGGUCACCGCGUGGAUGCGGGAGGCCAGUGGGUGUGUAAAUUGGGGGAACUGUCUCAAAAGGAGCAAUAAUUUGUGGCAAUAAAUUCUGCAACCAGAAUUCUGGAAACUGUUGCCGGCUUGAGCCAAAGACCUGAGUGGUUCCACGGGACAUUACAUUUACGCGUAUACGGUUUGCACUUUACAAUGCAUGUUUAGCUGCUAGUUGUCACCAACACAUGACAUCAGCCUGCACUUAAAAAAAAAAAAACAAUACAGAUAAGCUUCCUGAAAUCUACAAGAAAACAUUUGCAAAUAUCCAUCCUGCUAUUGCAAACUCGGAGGUGCUCAGUGCGUGAGUGUCACUAGGCUCCGUGAAAGCUUCAAGAACCAUUUUAGGGUUGUACUUUUUGAGGCCCCUCCUUCGAUAAAACAUCUGGAGUUAUGGCACUACUACGUUUUCUGCUAUUUUCCUUCCUCUGCACGCUGUUUGCGUACCAGUGUCACGGGGCCUGUGCAGAGGUGGACUCGGACACUGAAGCUGUAGCAGGCAAGGGUUUUAAACUGGGCUGCAUCUCCUGCAAAAGAAGGAGUGAGGUGAGAGGUGAAGCCAGCGUCGAAUGGUACUUCAGGCCAAAAGGGGAGGCUGACUUUUUUCUGAUGUACACCUACAAUGAGGAUGGCCCCACCAUUGAGAGUGACCAGUUUGAGGCUCGUGUCGACUGGAACGGAAGCAAAAGGAGCAGAGACAUUCAAGAUGCGUCCAUAUACCUGUUAAAUGUCACCUUCAAUGACUCGGGCACUUACCGGUGCUUUUUCAACCGCAUCCUCUCCUACGAAAACUACGAGUACAACGACGUUGUCAGCAAAGUGGUGCACCUCAGUGUGGUGGGGAAAGCCACCAGAGGUACAGCUUCCAUCGUGUCAGAGGUCAUGAUGUACGUGUCCAUCAUCGGCCUGCAGCUCUGGCUCCUCAUAGAGAUGAUAUACUGUUACAGAAAGAUAGCAGCAGCUGGAGAAGAAGCAUUACGAGAAGCGGCAAAUGCUGAAUAUUUAGCGAUAGCCUCGGAAAGUAAAGAUAACUGUGCAGGGGUACAAGUCGGAGAAUAGCACAGGCUUUCUUCAUGGACUGAAAACAUCCUUCCACUUAACGACCUGCACGAUGACAACCUGAGGGAAAAACUCUUCGUCUCAAACCUCUAUUUUACCUUCUUAACAAACCGAACAAAGGACAACACACUAGGAGAGCAUGGUACCAGCACUGUAUAUAGUACCCUGUGCACAAAAAGCAUGUUCUGCACUUAUAUGAGAAACCAUUAUGCAUUAAUGAACCACAUUGUCUGAAGCAUAUACUGUACGUUCAGUAUUUGUCUUUAAGUAUAUGUAGUCAUGCAUUUAAUAUGAGUGGUGUUGUAGAGAGUCCAUGAGGCUAACUGUCCAAGAAAGCUUUUUACUAAAUCAUCACCACAUAAUGUAUAAAAAACACCAUAUGUGUAAGUGAUUUCUAAAAUAGAAUGUGAUGGGCUACAAUAGACUGUAUUUCUAAAUUAACUGCUAGUUAUAGAUUCAGUCAAUAAUAAAGAUGUAUUAAUAAAAAUGGAGAAAACGUG